GCAGCAAAUAUAAGUUACAGUAAUUUUUCAUGGAAAGAUACACUAUUUAAAAAGUUGCAAUCUCAAAUCUUAAUUUCAUUUGGAGUGUUAGGAGCAGUUUCUUUUUAUGGACACGAUGAUGAUAGCAGUGAAUCUUUAUGCAUAGCUGCUGCUCAUAAUGAUCUCACCAAUUUGGAAAGCAAACCUGAUGUGCUUAUCAAAUAUGCCGCUAUCAUAUCUUCCAUAAUCCUCAAGCUAUCAUAGUUUUGGUGGGGGUAUUUUUAUCUUGGGGAGAACAACCAAUCAUAGUUUUGGUGGGAGUAUUUUUAUCUUGAGAAGCACAACCAAUCAUAGUUUUGGUGGGAGUAUUUUUAUCUUGGGAAGCACAACCAAUCAACAGACGCCUGAGUUAUUGAGAUUAAACUGAUUGAUUAAAAACAGUAAAGAUGUCAACAAAAAGCACCCUCUUGGAUGGACUGCACUUCACUCGGCUGCUAUGGCUGGGAAUGCCAGAGCAGUUAAAAUGUUGCUUGAUGCUGGUGCAGAUCCUGAUGCGUUAGAUGAUUUUAGCACUGCAUAUAAAAUUGCCUCAAGACAUGGGUUAAGAGUUUUUGAUGUAAUUGACUCAAGACAAUCUUGUUUUAACAGAACCACAAAUAAUAGGGCAGAUUUUUCUGGUUUUACACCACUUCAUUACGCAUGUCUCGCUGAUGACUAUGAAACAAUAUGCUUAUUAUUAGAAGCUGGAGCAGAUCCUACAAUAAAAGAUAAAAGUAAUCAUUUUGCAUAUGAAUAUGUUUAUAAAGAGUCAAAUAAAAACCUUAUUAAAAAAUACCAGGAAAAGUUUAAUGAGAAACAAGCAUUGUUAGAAUCUGAGGAAAGAAGACGAUACCCCCUUGAACAACGAUUUAGAGAAGUUAUUGUAGGCCAACAAGGUGCAAUACAAGCUGUUUCUUCUGCUAUUAGGCGUCGACAAAAUGGUUGGGUUGAUGAUCAACAUCCUUUAGUUUUUUUAUUUCUCGGCUCGUCAGGGAUAGGAAAAACAGAGCUUGCAAAGCAGCUUGCUAGGUUUUUACAUAAAGAUGUUGAAAAGAGUUUCAUUCGAUUGGAUAUGUCAGAAUAUCAAGAAAAACAUGAGGUGUCUAAAUUAAUUGGUUCUCCACCUGGAUAUGUUGGUUAUGAACAAGGUGGUCAAUUAACUACAAAGCUUAAAGCUUUUCCUAAAGCUGUUGUAUUGUUUGAUGAGGUUGAAAAAGCUCAUCCUGAUGUACUCACUGUUAUGUUACAACUUUUUGAUGAGGGAAGACUGACAGACGGUCAUGGAAAAACAGUUGAAUGCAAAGACGCCAUUUUUGUAAUGACAUCAAAUUUAGCUAGUGAGGAAAUAGCUGAUCAUGCAUUAGAACUUAGACAAAUGGCCAAAGAAAAUAAAGUUAACAAACUCGGCCAUGACAUUUCCGAAGAUGAACAUCAAAUACAGAUAGGACAAAACUUUAAAGAAAAUACUAUUUACCCUAUUUUAAAGUACCACUUUAGAAGAGAUGAGUUUCUUGGACGCAUCACAGAGUUUGUUUUUUUUCUGCCCUUCUCAAAGCAGGAGCUUUUAAAGCUUGUUGAAAAAGAAUUACUUUUCUGGUCACAAAUUGCUAAAAAAAAACACUCUAUUGAACUUUCAUGGGAAACAGAUGUGCUUGAAGUGUUGGCAGAUGGGUAUAAUAUUCAUUAUGGGGCCAGGUCUAUCAAGCAUGAGGUAGAGCGUCGUGUUAUUAACCAAUUAGCUGCUGCUCAUGAAAGAAAAUUAAUCACUAAAAAUAAUAUUGUACGUUUAAAAACAAUGUAUCCAAAAGUUGAAAAUGAUGAUAUUACUGUUUUAAAACCUACAAUAAAACUUGAAGUAACAGAUAGUAAUUUAAAGACUCAAGAUAUUUUUAUCACUGAUCCUUGGAUUCCUGAAGCUCCUAUUUUUUAAAGAUAUUUGUUUGUUGUCAGUUUACUAAUGCUUUUACUCUCUAAAGAUAUU